AUGCCAGCCUCUAAAAGUGUCAAUGUUGCAGUCAUCGGUGCCGGUGUCGUCGGUUCCUCAUUAUUAAAUCAAUUAAUCGCCCUAAACACCAACAUCAAAUACAACUUGAUUGCCCUAGCAGAAGCAGAAAAAUCAUUAUACUCUCACAAUUACGAACCAUUACAAACCUCCCACACCUGGGAUUGGGCCACCGCUUUACAAAACGCCACGGAAAAAACUUUGCCAUUACCAGAUUUAAUCACAUUCCUAUCCAAAUCUCCUAAACCAGUCAUCUUAAUUGACAACACAUCCAGUGCCUACAUUGCCUCAUUCUAUCCAAAGAUUGUCGAAAACGGGAUCUCCAUCGCUACUCCAAACAAGAAGGCCUUCUCUUCUGAUUUGAAAACUUGGAACCAAUUGUUCGCAGGUAACGAAACUGACGGGUUAGUUUACCAUGAAGCAACAGUCGGUGCUGGUUUACCAAUUAUCAGCUUCCUAAGGGAAAUCAUUGCCACUGGUGAUGAAGUGGAAAAGAUUGAAGGGAUUUUCUCCGGUACUUUAUCUUACAUCUUCAAUGAAUUCUCUACCAUUGCACCAAAUGAUGUUAAAUUCUCUGAUGUAGUUAAAGUUGCUAAGAAGUUAGGAUAUACUGAACCUGAUCCAAGAGACGAUUUGAAUGGGUUGGAUGUGGCUAGAAAGGUUACCAUCGUUGCUAGAAUUUCAGGAUUAGAAGUGGAAAAUCCAACUAGUUUCCCUGUACAAUCUUUAAUUCCAAAGGCUUUAGAAUCAAUUGAAACCGCUGAUGAAUUUUUGGAAAAAUUGUCUCAAUAUGAUGAUGAAUUGAGUAAAUUGAAAGAAGAAGCAGCUAAAGAAGGUAAAGUUUUAAGAUUUAUUGGGAAAGUGGACGUCAAGACCAACACUGUUUCUGUUGGUAUUGAAAAAUAUGAUGCUUCUCAUCCAUUUGCUGCUUUGAAGGGAUCUGAUAAUGUUAUCUCUAUUAAGACUAAACGUUAUCAUAACCCUGUCGUUAUUCAAGGUGCUGGUGCCGGUGCUGAUGUCACUGCUGCUGGUGUCUUAGGUGAUGUUAUUAAAGCUGCUCAAAGACUUUAA